AUGCGCAACCUGAGGAACAUCCACUACGACGCCUGGCAGCCCCCGGCUGACGACUUCCACGGCGAACCGCUCUCCUCCUGCUGCUGGGACCCGGCCAAGGACGAGCUCCUGUGCACCUUUGGCCCCUCCGAGAGGGAUGGCUACAUCCGCCUGGUCAGGGUCUCGGAGCAUGUGACCGAUCCCGCCACCGCCGGCGCCGCCCGGCCCAAGGUCGAGCAUCACCAGGUUGCAUCAUGGGAGGCGCUGAGCCCGAACCCGGACUUGCCCGUCGACCGGGUCGUCAGUCUGCAUCACUUCAGUGACACGCUGACGACCGUCCUGGUCCUGGAGGGCGGAGACAUCGUCAUCGUCCGGGAGUAUGACAACCCGCAAGAUGGCGUGCACAUCGAGAUCAUGGGCUCCAUCGACGAGGGCAUCACGGCCGCAGGCUGGUCGCCCGACGAGGAGCUCCUGGCCAUCGCCACCAAGGCCCAGACUGUCGUCUUCAUGAGCCGCAGCUUCGAGGGCAUUGCGGACGCCGCCAUGACCCCGGAGGACCUGCAGCUGUCCAAGCAGGUAUCCGUCGGCUGGGGUAAGAAGGAGACCCAGUUUCAGGGCAAAGGCGCAAAGGCGCUGAGGGACCCUACCAUUCCCGAGAAGGUAGAUCAGGGUGUUCUCAGCUCCCAGGAUGACAGCCGGGUUACUAUCAGCUGGCGCGGUGACGGCGCAUAUGUUGCCAUAAACUCGAUCGAGCCCGGUAUAAGACGAGUCAUCCGGGUGUACUCCCGCGAAGGUGUUCUCGACAGUGUCAGCGAGGCCGUUGACGGCAUGGAAGGCGCCUUGAGUUGGCGUCCCGCGGGUAACCUGAUUGCCAGUAUUCAGCGGAAGGGCGAGUCUGUGGAUGUGAUCUUUUUCGAAAGGAACGGCCUGAGACAUGGUGAAUUCUCUCUGCGGGUUCCUGGGCGUCGAGAUCUUUCGGCCGAUCAAAUCGGGCUUGAGUGGAACUCCGACUCUACUGUGCUUUCUGUGACGCUGGAUGAUCGGGUUCAGUUCUGGACCAUGGGUAAUUACCACUGGUAUUUGAAGCAGGAGAUACUCUUAAAGGAAAAGCCCAGAGGCUCGAGGUGGCAUCCGGAAAAGCCUUUGCGCUUUACGGUUAUCGUUCCAAGCCACGCGUUACUAGCAGAGUAUGCUUUCGCCAUCUCGAGGGGAUCUCUACUGCCUCCAAAUGACCAUGGAGCUGUUGCCGUCAUCGAUGGUCAAACCCUCAAGAUUACCCCUUUCCGCACAGCCAAUGUGCCACCGCCGAUGGCUAUGUACGAGAUAGAGGUGAAAUCCAGCAUUGUAGAUGUUGCAUUCUCUCCAGAUCACGCGUAUAUGGCCGUAUUGCACCAGACUGGGUUUGAUCUCUAUCAAUGGCAUACCAAAGCACAGCGAUCGCUUCGGCCGUCUUACCAAGCGUCAGUCGAGUUCGAUGGAGCAUCAGCUGAUGUGGCACCGCUUUCUAUCGCCUCUCAAAAUGACGGGAGUGUUGCGGUAUUGGGCUAUGAAAACCAACCCGAACUCUACGUUUACCCUUUCCAACCCGAUUCCAAGCAAUUCUUACCCGCCGUGAGGGAAGCAGCACGGUUCAUCUUCGGCUUCGCGAGCCACCAGUCCGAAGCUGGGAGUUACCUCGUCACGCAGGAUACGCACAGGCGCUACCAGAAGCUUCAGAGCUGCGAAAGCACGGGCAGUGCGCUUAUGUAUCAAGUGCCUGUUCAAUUGCCGUGGUUCACUCCUGUCGGUCUGGAAGCUGGGCAGGGGAGACUGGGUGUUGUCGGGUUGUCUAGAAAUGGCCACUUGUAUGCCAAUCAGCGCCAGUUGGUCAAGAACUGCACUUCCUACCUCGUAACUGAGGACCACAUAAUAUUUACUACGACCAAUCACCUCCUCAAGUUCAUUCAUAGGACUGAGGAAGUUGACGAUUUAGAAGUUCCUGCAGAUGAUCCUGAAAAGGAUGAGAGAUGCCGGAGCAUCGAACGUGGUGCCAGGCUGGUGACAGCCGUUCCCACGAACAUGAGCUUAAUACUUCAGAUGCCAAGAGGUAAUUUGGAAACCAUCUACCCUAGAGCCAUGGUAGUUGCAGGCAUUCGACAACUGAUCGAAGAGAAGAACUAUACUAGGGCUUUCUCCUAUUGCAGGACUCAACGCGUGGAUAUGAACAUCCUUUAUGACCACAAGCCGCAGCAGUUCCUGGACAACGUUUCUCUUUUCCUCGAACAGCUAAGCGACUGCACGUAUGUCGAUCUCUUCCUAUCUUCCUUGCGCGAAGAAGAUGUCACACAGACAAUGUAUGUCAACACAAAGCCCUCGAAGAACGAGGCAAACCCCUUUCAGAGUAUGUCAGACGUACCGGUAGCCUCAUCAUCAGAUACUUCCAAGGUCAACACCAUAUGCGGUGCUGUUCUUGAGAGCCUGCAGUCUCGCAAGACUGCAGAUCACGAGACGUUGCAGAACAUCAUCACAGCCAACGUGUGCAAGAACCCGCCGGCUUUGGAGGAUGGUUUACUCGUCGUAGCCAAACUGAUGCAGGAGGAUGAGCAACUAGCUGAGAGAGCUGUUGAGCACAUCUGUUUCCUCGCAGACGUCAACACCCUAUACGACGAGGCGCUUGGCUUGUACAAUCUUGAUCUGGCGCUACUCGUAGCACAGCAGUCCCAGCGCGAUCCACGAGAAUACCUUCCAUUCGUGCAAAGCCUUCACCAGCUCCCAGAGCUUCGCCGCAAGUUUGCUACGGACGACCACCUGGGUCGUUACACCAAGGCCCUUGCCCACCUCCAGACUCUCAAUGCCCAUCAAGAAGCCCAAGACUACACCGUAAAGCACACUCUCUACGCCGAAGCGUUGAAGCUCUACCGGUACGAUGCGCCUAACCUGACGGUCAUCACCCGGCUCUAUGCCGAGUUCCUGGAAUCACGCUCACGUUACCGGGAGGCUGGCUUGACCUACGAGUCUCUUCAAGACUACGCUGGUGCAACUCGAUCUUACCGCGCUGCUGGGGCCGCCUGCUGGCGCGAGGCUCUGUUUACGGCUUCACUGCAGCAGCCGGCUCUUGCCCCUGAAGCGCUUGCAGACCUCGCAACCGCCCUCGCAGAUGCCUUAUACGAAGCCAAGGACUACGCAGCCGCUGCUACUGUUCAGCUAGAUCACCUUUCAUCCCUCGAGACUGCCGUUCGUUAUCUGUGCAAGGGCUACCAGUUCGCUGACGCACUCCGUCUGUCGAUCUUGCACAAGAGACCGGAUCUAUUGGAGAGCACCAUCGACCCCGGGCUUGCCGAUGCACUCGGGUCAUCUACCGAGUUCCUCGCGGACUGCAAGGCCCAGCUGCGCGCCCAAGUACCGCGGAUCCUCGAGCUCCGCCGCAAGGCCGCCGAGGACCCCCUGGCCUUCUACGAGGGCGAGCGGAGCGGAGCGCUGGCCGACCUGCCGGACGACGUCUCGGUCGCGGCCAGCUCGCGCGUCAGCACGUCGGCCUCGCUCUUCACGCGCUACACGGGCAAGGCCGGCAGCGUCGGCACCGCCGGCACGGGCGUCAGCCGCGCGACCAGCAAGAACCGCAAGCGCGAGGAGAAGAAGCGCGCCCGCGGCCGCAAGGGCACCGUCUACGAGGAGGAGUACCUGGUCAACUCGGUGCGCCGCCUCGUCGAGCGCGUCGAGGCCACCAAGGCCGAGCUCGAGCGCCUCGUCUUCGGCCUCGUGCGCCGCGCCAUGUUCGAGCGCGCCCGCUCCGUCGAGGCCCUCAUGGCCGAGGUCCUCGACGGCUGCCGCAAAGCCGUCGGCGAGGUCUUCCCUGCCGCCGGCCAAGAAGCCGCUGCCGCCAACGACUCGGUGGUGCCCGAGGGUGAGGGCCAUGGCGACGGAGAGGACUGGCGGCCCGUCGGCGCGGACGCCGUGCUCGCCGCCAACCUCGAGCAGAAGUGGAGGACGCAGGCGCCGCCUGCGGUGACGGCCAUGGAGAGGCUCAGCUUGCUCGGCAGCUGA